AUGAGCACAGCCAUGCAAACAAACCCCUUCCCUCUGGCUCAGUCCUACAGAGGAGGCAGCACCACCACCACCAGCAGGAAACCCGGCACCAAAGACACCACCGCAAAAGGAAUAUGGCUAUCCAUGCUGGACGAAGUCUCCCGCGGCAAGGACCUGGCAGAGAAACAAUUGAUCAUCCUCGGAGGAACACCAGACCAACAGCGCGCAUUCCUCAGCACCCUACAGCCUCCGUCCGAAGCGUCCAACAAUAACACCACCCGCCACCACCGCCGCACCAACAACCACCCCCCCAACCGCACCACCCAGAAACCGAUCCCUAUCUCCAACCGCUUCACCCUGGGCUACACCUACCACGACGUCCUCGACACGGAUGGCGAAGAUAUCCUCGCUCGUCUCUCCAUCCACAUGCUCGCCAGCCCUUCUGCGGCCUUCGCCCCGCUGCUGAAACCGCUGUUCACGACGAAGACGGUCCCCAACACGCUGGUGACUAUAUUAUUAGACUGGGAGGACCCGUUCAAGUGGCCGAGGCAGCUGAGGCAGUGGAUUCGGAUGCUAAGGAGGGUGGUGGAAGGGUUGGACCACGAGGUUAGGGAGGCGAUGGAGGAGACGAUGAAGGGGUGGAAGGAGAGGAGAAUUGGGGCUGGGAUCAUGGGCGGAGAGGCCAAAACGGUGGAUGCGCCGUUGGGGCCUGGCGAGUGGGAGGAUGAGCUGGGCGUGCCGCUGAGUGUGGUGUGUUUGAAUGCGGAGAAGCAGGAGAGGAUGGAGAGGGAGUACGGAUGGCAGGAGGGGGAUUUUGAUUUCCUGCUGCAGUGGACGAGAUGUGUGCUGUUGAAGCGUGAGUCCCGAUAUUCCCAGGUGCGACAAGACAAGACAAGUGCUGAAACCGGUACGAAUGCAGAUGGCGCCUCACUAACCUACACCACCUCCUUCGACUCCAACAACGUCCGCACCCUCAUCCACUCCAGUCUCGGCAUACAAUCCCUCCUGAAACGAGAAAUCAUCAAGCACAACGUCAUAGACCGCGACAAGAUCCUCAUCCCUCCCAACUGGGAUUCCUGGGGCAAGAUCCGCAUUCUACGAGAAGGCUUCGAGAUGGAAACCGUCGCCAACGCCUGGUCGGUAGAAAUCCAGUCUCCGCCAGAAGCCAAAUUCGACCCCUCCGCCACUAAAACCCCAACCACAAACGGCGGCGCAAAAUCAGCACAGACAGAAGAUAGCCCAAGCCUCUCCACUUCCGAAGCAGCAUCAGAAGUCAGCAUCUCCCUCUUCACCUCCUCCCUCCCCAACCCCUUAGCGAACUCCAAACCCUUCGUCCCCUCCACCAGCACCUCCGACAAGGUCACCGUCCCAGACACGCAGACCUUCCUAGCCGCCCAAGCGCAGAUCCUAGAACGAUACCGCCAAGAAGACGAGCAUAGCGAACGCGAACGCCAAAGACGGGGCCCCUCCGAGUCGGAGCUCCUAGAGCAGAGAAUGGAGCGCAAAACCGCGGCAGCGCACGCGUUACUGGACGAAGUGGCUCGCCAUCAGCAGCCGUACAAGAUCAAUGUGGGUGGGGUACAGAUGGACGCGGAGGAAGUAACGAGACGGAUUAGGGAGAGGGAGGCCGACAGGGACAGAGACAGUACGAGGACGCCGACGAGAAAGGGGUCGGCAGGAGGGAGUGGGAGUGGGGUUGCGACGCCGGAUGGUGUGAAGGUGGAUAAUGAAUCCUUGAACAAUUAUUUCCAGGGGCUGCUGAAGAAGGCGAAGGAGUCGAGUGGAGGUCAGAGUCAAGGUCAGAGUCCGCGGGGUGGGAGUAGCUUGCCUGGGGAUCGGUGA